AGUUUCUAAAAGUUGCAGUAAUUUAAAGCAAGACCAAUUGCUGUAUUUUAUUCCAAGAUCAAUUUGGUUCAUAAAUGACGCAGAUAGGACAAACCAGUUGUACAAUAUUUUCUGAGGAAUUGAAUAGAAACAGACAGGACAUAACUCGGAAAUAACGCUCUGUGUCAUUUGAAAGAAAGUGCUUUUCGUCAUUUGCAAGGAAUAAGGAGUGGUGUCUCUAGUUCUGGGCUCUCCACCAUCUGUACUGCAUCUUGGAGACAAGCCAUUCUCGCCUCUCCCUCCUUGCCAUGCGCUCCAACGCCAAGGACAUGGCUGCCGUGGCCGAGGGACGUGCUGACUUGGAGGGCCGGCUCAGCCACAAACCGCCCCGCUCCGGUCUGCGCGAAGAGCGGACGCGCGAGCGCUGGUUCAAACUGCGCCACAACCUGCUGUUCUACUACCGUCUAAACGAGUACGGCGGCGUGUCGGCCGACGGCCCGGCCGGCCUGUUUGUGCUGGAGAAUGUGCACGUGCAGCCAGAGCCGUUUGCAGAGGGCAUGUCGUUCUGCUUCAGCCUGACGUUCGACAGCGACCGCGAGCGACGCCACCUGAUGGCCUGCGUGAGCGCCGCCGCCGCCGACCAGUGGGUGGCCGCGCUGCGAGCCGCCUCAUACGAGAGCAGACGCAAACAGCUCAAGGAGCUGCGCAGCAAGCUGCUCAACCUGACCGGGCGCGACCCGCUGCGGCCGUUCCCGGGCGCGCGCGCGCUCAAGAAUGUGACCAGUGUGGAGGAGGAUCGUAGCGGGGGCCGGCCGCGCAGCUCCUGGGCCAGCGGGAAGGUCAGCGCGCGAGACGCCACGUUCCGCAGUCAUCUGAUACCGAACGGCGGCGCGCAGACCAGCAGCCUACUGGACUGAGUCUGUCGGCCGGCCGGUGGGCAUGCCGCGAGGAGUGCGCUGGGCUGCGGACGAUUGGGUGCGCGUGCUCAGUGGAUGUGACAGCUGACUGUGGAGUGAGGCCGAACGCUGGCUGCUUAGAUCCGUGCGGGGCUACAAAUGACGGCGCAUCUCCGUGAUCAGUGGCAUGGCAGCUACGCUGUGAUCCUACAAAUGUUGUUCAGCGCUCUUGCCACUCCGUAAUAUUCAUAAUGUGAGGCUUCUAUUUAGCAGAUCUGCGUUAUGGACGAUCUGCAAAGGCGUUAUUUAUUUGCUGCAUCUUCAAUGUUUUCGAGGCAAUCAAACUGGUACUCUUAAUGGACUGGGUGUGAGACGUGAGUGAUCUGCGCCUGGAUCUGUUGUCUUAUGUUAUUAUAUCUCACUUGUUAAUGUUAUGCAAUCAAUAGUGUAAUUUACGAUCAUCACGGCACGACAAACUACUGGUUUACAUGAUGGUUGCACUAGUGUGUUAAAGGAAGCCGAGUGCAAAAGUGCUUGUAGCUGAUAAUGCUUGUCGCGAAAAAUAUUGAUGCUGCGUUUUAGGAUUGACGUUUGCAAUAGCCAUAAGCCGCAAGCGAACAUUUACGUUAGGGCGUUUCCUUGUGUUACGUUCUUUUGUUCGGACAUCUUGAAAUGGACCUUGAAGCCAUAAGCUGCAUGUCCUGGCUCGCUCAUUUUAACCGUAUGCAUGCUGAAAGUGAGUGUUGUGCCUGGUCGAGUUCAACAUAAUUUAUCCAUCAAUGUGCCAUUCUGGUACAAAGGCGCCGGCAGGGUGACAACUACGCUACCUGCAUACAUGCGCCCAAGUAAGGGGCGAACGGGGGCGUUCUCAAUAUGACGUCUCGGCUGUUGAACUAUUAUAUUUGCCAUCCGUUCGAUUCUGGUGCGUGUAACAGUUGUCCGGCGGAGAAGGGCUACGUUUAGAUGAGAUUUGAAUUGCAAUUAUUUAUUUGGUUGAUUAUAGCCGGAAGCCCCAUAAUACUGUCUCGUGUUGUCAAGAGGAAAGUAUCUGUAUCUACCCGUUGUCUGUAAAGAUGCAUUUAGAAAUGUUACGGGGAAUAUAUAUUUAUGGUUCAAUUGCAAACUGUUUUGCCUGUUGCAGGGUUUGUUUAUGACCUCGCUAGUGAUGCACAAACGGGAGCGUGUUUUGCUUGCUCGAACGAAUCUAGGCGUAAUUGAAUGGCGUACGUCAUUGAAUAACUAUCGCUGCCCGCUGGAUGCUGAAGAUGUCCACUAUCUGUUCACGGGUGACCUCAUCACAGACACCCAUCUCACAUGCUCGUUAAUGCUUUGCACUUAACGCUCAAACUUCUGCAAAGCCCACAGCAGGCAGAGCCUCUCAAUCUUGGUUUCUAUUGUUGUUUGUAAUAGGUAUUGUCUGCCUGUCAGUGCCCAGUGUCCGACACGCCGCCCGUCAGCUGGGUGGCAGCCUGUCGCACCCCCUCCGUCCCACAGACUCGUGUCGCAGCCGCAGUCGAUGCUGUUCGCCGCCCGCCGCCUCUGUCCGCCGCUGCUCCUCGCCGGGGCCUCCAAGAUGGCCGCGCCCAGACCCAGCUCCAACAUGGCCGCCUUCAGGGAGACACUGGCCUCGGCCAAACAUGUGGUGGUGCUCACAGGCGCGGGCGUGUCGGCAGAGUCCGGCGUGCCCACGUUCCGCGGCGCUGGUGGCUGGUGGCGGCGGUACCAGGCGCAGAACCUGGCCACGCCGGGCGCGUUCCGCGAGCAGCCCUCGCUCGUCUGGGAAUUCUACCACUACCGGCGCCACAACAUGGCCUCCAAGCAGCCCAACAAGGCGCACGAGGCGAUCGCGUCGCUACAGCAGCGUUGGACGGCGGCCGGCCGCCGGUGUCGCGUCAUCACACAGAACAUUGACGGUCUGCACCAGCGCGCCGGAUCUCAGGACGUGCUCGAGCUGCACGGCACGCUGUUCAAAACACGCUGCACGCGCUGCCGGCAUGUCGAGGAGAACAGGGAUGACCCCAUCUGUCCGGCGCUGGCCGGUACUGGCGCGCCGGACCCGAGCACUCCGAGCGCGCACAUCCCUGUGAAGGACCUGCCGCGCUGCCGUCAGCCCGGCUGCGGCGGCCUGCUGCGGCCCCACGUCGUCUGGUUCGGGGAGAACCUCGACGCAGAGGUGCUCGGUCAGGCCGAAGCUGAGCUGGAGGCGUGUGACCUGUGUCUGGUGGUGGGCACCUCGUCCGUCGUCUACCCAGCGGCCAUGUUCGCGCCCAGCGUGGCAGAGCGAGGCGUGCCCGUGGCAGAGUUCAACCUGGAGCCCACGCCGAAAACCGCAGAGUUCGGGUUCCAUUUUACGGGUCCCUGUGGCGAGAUCUUGCCGGAGGCACUGGCGCCAUGAGGAGACGUCGGGCUCUUAUAUCCUUUGAGCCUCUCUUGGGCUGGCGACAUACAGCUAAUGUGAUAAAGCUUUGUUAGAGCUGUGUGCUUGUGUGGAUCUAAUUAAUGGCUAGUAUGAUACAGCUGUACUCCAUAGGUGAGCAAGAUUUUGUAGAACAAGAUUUUAUUUUGAACUUGUAUCGACUGAAACAGCGUAUUUUGAAGUGUAAUCGUGCAGCAUUUGACGAUAGCAUUGCUGUGUAUUUUAUGUCUUUAUGUUCGGCGAUUGGAGCUUUAUAGCGGGUAUUACGGUGAUGGCAGCGUGAUAAAUAUAUUGCCAGGAAGUCGG